CUCACCGAAACAAUACUCUUCAUCUUCUCUCCUGAUUUCUGCUUCCACCUGUGGUGAAGAUGCUUCUCCAGUCGUCCUCCGCACUUUCCGUUCUUUCUUCUUUAUCAGACGCUUCUUUUCCGGCAGCUUUUUUUCGCCGGCGGGCGCCGAUGGCCGGCGUUUUGAAGAUUCCCAUCGUGAGGAGGUCGGCAGCGAGAAUCGUGGCUGCUACUGGACGUGAGAGCGACAGCGCUUCGACCGGAUUUUUGUUUGAUCCAUUUAAGGAAGUCCAGCAUGAGCUCGCGCUGGUGUCCUCCUCGCCUGAUAAGUCGCUCGCCCGUCAGAUGUACUUCGAUGAAUGCGAAGCUGCGAUCAACGAGCAGAUCAACAUUGAAUACAACGUUUCCUACGUUUACCAUGCAAUGUUUGCUUACUUCGAUCGGGACGAUGUUGCGCUCGUAGGCAUGGCCAAAUUCUUCAAGGAAUCGAGCGAGGAGGAGAGAGAACAUGCUGAGAAGUUGAUGAAAUAUCAGAACAAGCGUGGUGGUAGAGUGAAGCUCCAAUCUAUUCUGAUGCCAUUGAGUGAGUUCAAAAAUGAGGAGAAAGGCGAUGCUCUCCAUGCAAUGGAGUUGGCGUUGUCUCUUGAGAGGCUUGUAAAUGAGAAGCUCCUUUAUCUACACAGCGUAGCAACACGUUGCAAUGACCCUAACACAACACAAUUCAUUGAAGGCGAGUUCCUUGAAGAGCAGGUUGAGGCUAUAAAGAAGAUAUCGGAGUAUGUUGCUCAGCUGAGAAGGGUUGGCAAAGGACAUGGAGUUUGGCACUUUGAUCAGCUUUUGUUACGUGAGGGAGAGAAUGGCGCUGCAUGAGCAGUUGAUUGUACAAGUUUGGUUUUCUUUUCAUUAAGAGUUGGUCUUGGUGGCUUUUUUCUAUAGUAAUAAAAAGUAGCCAAUGUGCGUCGUCUAAUAUUGUGGGGAAAACAUUACUUUACUAUGUAAGAAGUUUGUGUUCAAAAUGGAGUUAGAUUGCUGAUCUGAAGGGCGUUUUAUAUUUAAUUUUCUGCUAUUGUAUGAAGAUG